CAUUAAGGUGCUGUUGUUUGGACAGAUUUCCUAGACUCGAGGCAGCCGUCUUAGUUUCGUCUCAAAGAUGCUUCGUUUGGUAAUCCUCGCUUGUGUCUCUGCUAUGGCUUUGGCCCAAAUCUUUCCCUACAAUGUCCCUAAAGGACAGGAGGGUAACACGGCCUUUCUACAGGCCCUGCAGCAGCAGGCCUUACAUUACAUCAACCAACAGCAGCACCCCAACAUCCAAGUCCAACAAGCUCGUGAGCUUGCUGUAGCUGCUCACAAUCCUGCAACUUACAAUGCUGUCCUUCAUAACUACAACUACCACACUGCUCUUCAGCAACACCAGCUGGACCAGCAAAGAGUCCUCCAGGAACAACAGAGAGUCCUCCAGGAGCAGCAGGCCCUUCUAGCCAACCAAUAAACACGCUGACCGAAACUGAUGAUAUCUCUGUAUAGGGGUUAUUUUGUUAAUUCUUAGACACUUAACAAACAAAUACUACUACUAUUUGGGAAUCAUAUAUCUUUCAAAACUAGUGUUCUUAUGUGCUCGAAACCACACUUGUUGCAGUUAUAAUUUUAUCGUUGUUUCGCGUAUAACGUAAUUCUGGUGGCUAAGUUUGGAAACUGCUACAACGUAGAAAGAGACGAGGCUAUGAAUAUGUUUGGUUUAAUCUCUUCAUCUUUGUAAAUGACUUGUGAUACUUUGUAGAAUAAAGAUGGAUAUUAACUAA